AUGUUAUUAUCACCAGCUGAAAAGUCAUAUUUAUAUGAAUCAUUAAUAUCCGAUCCAAUAAUUAGACCAGAUUCAAGAUCAAAUCAUCAAUAUCGCCCAUUAGAAGCAAAGACAUCAUUUUUGCCAGGGUCAAAUGGUUCAUCAAGAAUAAGAUUAAGUGAUGGUUCAGAAUGUAUAAUAAGUAUAAAAACAAAAGUAGUUAAAUUAGUAGAAGAAUCUAAUUUAAUAGAUUUGGAUAUUGAUAUAGUUGGUUAUAGAGAUGACUCAAAUUAUAUAUCAAAUUUAAAAUUUCAAUUAUUAAAUUUAUUAAAUGAAAAUUUUGAAUUUGAAAUAUUAAAAUUAACGGAACAAUAUUCAUUUAAAUUAUUUAUUGAUUGUAUAAUUAUAAAUAAUUUAUCAUAUCCAUUAAGUUUAUUAUCAUUAAGUAUUUAUUUAGCUUUAAAAACUACAAGAUUACCAUUAUUAAUUAGUGAAACAAAUGAUGAAGAAAUUGCUGAAUUACCUACAUUUUCAGAUGACUGGAAUGAUUCAAAAUAUUUAAUUGAAUUAUCAAAAAAUGGGAAAUUUCAACCUCCAAUUUUUAUAACAUUGGGAAUAAUUGGAAAUAAUUUAAUAUUUGAUCCUUCACAAGAAGAAGAAACCGUAUUGGAGAAUGGAUUAAUAAUAAGUUUCUAUAAUAAUAAAGUAAUAACACCAAUAUCAAAUACAAAUUUUGCAUUAAAUUCAAAUAAUUCAAAUUUUAAAGGAUUAAAUAAGAAAAUUAUAAUUGGAGCUUUAAGUUUGGGUAAUAAAUAUUGUCCAAUAAUAUUAGAAGCAUUAGAUAAUUUAAUAGAAGAAGAUAUCAAUGAUAAUGAUGGAAAUAUGUUUUAA